UGUAUGGUAACACUGUAACUGCCAGUUGUCAUUUUACUUUUGAGAUCUAUGGUUGGAAAACUGGUUUAUGGUUUAGUUUCCAGUUGUCGAUAGACUCGUAAUGUAGUGGUUUGCAUACACGGUUUGGUGCGAUAACUGUACUUAUUUAAUCGAAAAGCGUUAACUACAUUAAAUAAAUUCUCUGGUUUAAGUUGUAUUACCGCCAUGUGUUUUCCAGUCUCAUCUGAAGGUUAAUGUUGUGCCGUAUUAUUGUCGAUAAUUUGACGUCGAUUGACAUAUUAUCGUUUCGCAAGUAGUUUCCACGGAGGUGUUUUAUUUGUGUACGCUUUUGUGGAAAACAUCCGCCAGGUGAAAUAUAUGUGAUUUAUGUGAAGUGUUUGUGAUUUUAGAGAUAUUAUAAUAUAUGAUAUAGAUGUCUCACCACCGAUACUAGUAUAUCGAGGUGGCUCAGUGUUAUAAUUGUGAAAGUAAAUUUUGGGCUAUUGAAUGUUGUUUGCUGAUCUUGCGUCGUGUGAAAAAUGCUAGGACGUCGUUUGUGCCACAACAGUUAUUCUUUGAAGGGGGAUGAAGGAGCGACAAUUCAGGACACAACCUCAUAAUGGCGAGUUCUAGUCAGCGGCAGUGCGACAUCGCCGCCAAUCAUGUUGCGACCAGAAUCGCCUCUCGCUGAUCACCGCAGCCUGCUGCCGCGGCGCCUACUGCCGGCCAAAGCUCAGAUUGCUCCAGCCGAUAAGAAGAAAAACCGAAGAUCUCUCGAAUUAAACCCUCCGUCCAACGAUCAUGCUCCUUACGACUACCCGAAACUCCUAAUUUCUAAAACAACCGACUCCCUCAACACUGAGUGUCCCCGCAAACUCAUCAACAAACAAGACUCCACUGACAGUUUGAAAAGAGCACUCCUAUCUAAAGAUGAUAAAAAGUGCCCCGCUAAGGAGAACGAUAAAAAGCCGGUCGUCAAACAGGAUUCGACCGAAAGCUUAAAGAAAUCAUUGCUCUGUCGACAAGACUCGAACGACAGCGCGAAAAGAAGAGACUCCGAUCCAAAAUGGAUUCAAAGACAGGAAGAGAGUAAGAGGAGUUUGGAAGUGAAACGUGGAGGAGACAAAAAGGGUCUAUUGGAGACUGAUAUAGAUGAUACCAGUAAGAGAAUAUACGAAAGAAGAACGGGAUGCGCCAGGCCUACUCUGCCGCCUGUCGCGGAAAAGGGAGUUUCGCCUAAAUCUCCUAAUGGCAACCCUCUGACCCCGGGAGUUGCGGCAGUGGCUGAGGGAGUGGUUCGAUGGGGAAGCGGCCUCCUGACUCCGAAAGAGGAGCCGAGGUUAAGGCCCGCUAGAAGCUGGUACGGGUAUGGGACGCUGCCGACUGACACUGAUAAGAUGGGAGCAGGCGCGCCCGGGCCAGGCGGUCGGAGAGCCCUUGAGCUGAUCCUAAGCGGCGGUCUCAAGUCGCUAGCGAGACCCGCGAAGCCUGUCAGGAGAGCUGCCUCAAGGGACUCGGUGCUGUCACAACCGCAACCACUAUUAGAAGGUCUCAGAAAAUGCUCGACAGUGCUCGCCCUGACAGACAGGGAGAAGGUUCCCGAGCCGAUAAGAGCACACAACAGACUGCGCGCGCCCUCCGUCUGCUCUCGAUGCUCAUCGCUGCUCUCACUCGCCGGCGCCGGAGGGUCCAGAUACUCCUUGGACGGCGCCGGCGGCGUAUUUGUGCCGGCAGCUCCCAUUAACUGCAAACUUUGUUUGGAGGACGCAACACCAGAUAAAAUUACCGUCAUCUCGGGAUGCGGUUGCUCUUUUUGUACUAGGGUGAGUUUACCUUACUACUUUUUUAUCAGUAUGUUUUUCUCCUAUACACAAGUGGCAGAGCUACCUUCGUCAUCAAGAAAUUAAAUGAAAUUAAAAAUUUAUUUCAAU